AUGACACUGCCGGCGCUAUUAGUGACGGCGACGAAACUGGCCGGAGCCCUUGUCUCCGUCACCGUCGUCGCCAACGCUUUCUCCUUCUCCCGCUUCAAGCGGAAAAGCUUAGCACCCUUCGAAUCCCCAAUCGACGAGUCCGCCGAUGUUCUCGCUGAAUUCAACAUUAAUCCCACCUCCGAAGGGGAAAAAGGUUUCUUUUUCGGGUUAGCAACAGCACCGGCCCAUGUGGAGGAUAGGCUCAAUGAUGCCUGGCUCCAAUUUGCAGAGGAGAACCCGUGUGAUCAGCCCGAAUCGCAGAAGGCUGGCACGGAGCCUGCGGAUGCAGUUUUGGGCUCGGCCUCGGCGGACGGUGGGGCGCAGCGUGGCCCACUACUCGAUAGCGAAACCAGCAGGAGCAUGAAGAGGAAGAAGAAGCUGAGACUGGCCAUGGAAGCAAGUAUUCGUGGAUUCGAGAAGUAUGAAGACAUUGAAGGGCCUGAGUCGGGCGAGGGGUGCCACCACACAGUCGCGUCAUGGCAUAACGUCCCACAUCCGGAGGAGCGGUUGAGAUUUUGGUCGGAUCCUGAUACAGAGCUGAAAUUGGCUAAAGAUACGGGCAUACAAGUCUUUCGGAUGGGAAUAGAUUGGACAAGAAUCAUGCCGGUGGAGCCCGUGAAUGGUUUUAAAGCAACUACCAAUUUUGCUGCUUUGGAGAGGUAUAAGUGGAUCAUAAACAGAGUUCAUUCCUACGGCAUGAAAGUGAUGCUAACACUGUUCCAUCAUUCUUUGCCGCCAUGGGCGGCUGAGUAUGGUGGUUGGAAGCUCGAGAAGACUGUUGAUUACUUUAUGGAAUUCACUAGAGUGGUUGUGGACACUGUAUCAGAGCUGGUGGACUACUGGGUAACAUUCAAUGAGCCUCACGUGUUUUGUAUGUUGACAUACUGUGCUGGUGCUUGGCCAGGUGGGAACCCCGACUUGCUUGAGGCCGCCACGUCAGCGCUGCCUACUGGCGUAUAUAACCAGGCCAUGCACUGGAUGGCAAUAGCUCACUCCAAGGCCUACGAUUACAUCCAUGAGAAAAGUGCAACCUUAAGUGCAAUUGUUGGAGUUGCACACCACGUCUCGUUUAUGCGGCCGCAUGGUCUGUUCGACAUUGCUGCCGUGUCAGUAGCUAAUUCGUUGACCUUGUUUCCAUUUAUGGAUAGUAUUUCCGAAAAAUUGGACUAUAUUGGCAUAAAUUACUACGGACAGGAAGUGGUUUCUGGUGCUGGGUUGAAGCUGGUAGAAAGUGAUGAAUACAGUGAGUCCGGGCGUGGGGUCUAUCCAGAUGGCUUGUACCGUGUGCUGUUACACUUUCAUGAAAGAUACAAACAUCUACGUGUACCCUACAUCAUCACCGAAAAUGGUAUUUCGGAUGACACCGAUUUGAUCAGGCGACCAUACAUCUUGGAACAUCUAUUGGCAACUUAUGCAGCCAUGAUCAUGGGUGUACCCAUUCUAGGCUACCUGUUCUGGACCAUAUCAGAUAACUGGGAAUGGGCUGAUGGGUAUGGGCCCAAGUUUGGGCUGGUGGCGGUUGACCGUUCCCAUAAUCUUGAGCGGAGCCCACGCCCGUCCUAUCAUUUGUUUUCAAAGAUUGUGAAGUCGGGCAAAAUAGAACGUCUGGACAGAGCACGCGCAUGGCGCGAACUUCAAGCAGCUGCUAAGGAGCGUAAGAAAAGGCCGUUUUACCGUGCAGUUAACAAACACGGCCUGAUGUAUGCUGGGGGGCUCGACAAACCCAUCUUGCGGCCUUAUAUUGUCCGGGAUUGGAGGUUUGGACAUUAUGAAAUGGAAGAUUUGCAGGACCCAUUAAGCCGGCUGGCGAGAUUCGUCCUACGACCUUUCUCACUCAAGAAGAAACCAAAACCUCUUAAUGAUUAUGAGGAGUUGGCUCUUGAGUCACUUCAUGGUACCGUGUAG